AUGGCCUCACGCAGAAGCUCGUCGAGCGAUUCCAGCUCAAAUAGCCCUCCGCUGUCGCGGCGCGAUACGCAGGCAACUAAGACCACCACGGGCGAGGGCAAAAAGUCCCUAUUGGACCAUGUCAAGGCGAUAUGGCAGAAGACGGGCCUGGAUCAACCCACCGUCUUAUUGAUGCUAAAGGGCGGUCUUUCACCAACGAUCGCAGUGUCCAUCUACCAAGCAAUGGACGUUGCCGAUGAGUAUACCACUCUAGGUUAUCUCGUGGCCAUCGUCUCUAUCCUGGGAUUCGCCAUCAUGCCUCGGGCCAAGUUCAUCCAGAUGAUGAUCUUUGACGUCUUGGCCGUCUGCUUGGCAGCGUGUUUGGCCCUGUUGACCAUGUUCUCCAGUGUCAAGGCUCGCCAGCACACUCAAAAGGAAGGAAGCUCAUCAUACAACUCCUCAGCCUCUGCUGUCAGUGGUAUGUGGCUGUUUUUCCAGAUUUGGCUGGUUCAUACCUUCCGGGCCAAGUACCCGCAGUUCCAGUUUCCCGUCAUCAUCUACGGGAUUUUCGCCAACAUCACCUCUGUCUAUGCGCCGCAGAUGCAGAAUAUGACUGCUGCAAUCAAUAUGGUUCAGAAGCUGAUCAGGACUUUUCUCACUGGGCUAGCCAUCUCCACUGGUGUUUCCUUGUUCAUUGUGCCCAUGACCUCGCGCAAAGCAGUCUUCAAGCAGAUGGGUGGGUAUAUUGGCAGCCUUCGCUCCGCAUUGACUGCCCACGCGGCAUAUUUUGAGACUUUGGAAAGAGACGACAUGUUUGGCCGUGCUGAUACAUACGACGACUCCCAGGAGAAAUUCGGCAAAAAGGGCAAAAAGGUGUACAGUCCCGAAGCAGAGGCUAUUCGCGCUGCAAUUCGGCAGAUCACCGAACUCCAUGCUAAACUCCAUGGUGAUAUCACCUUUGCGAAAAGAGAGUUUGCAUUGGGCAAGCUGGGCCCGGAUGAUAUCCAAGCCAUGUUUCGCCAUCUACGGCAGAUCAUGAUCCCCGUUGUCGGAUUAAGUUUCGUCGUGGACAUCUUCCAGAGAUUGUCCGACUAUAACAGAUGGAACCAACCUAUCGAUCCCAAUGUCGAAAUGGUCUCGGAUGACGUUCGUCACCGCACUAUUCGUGAUUGGAAUGAUAUGAUGAGAGCGGUGCAUGACCCUUUCAAAGACAUGAUUCAAACCAUCGAUGAAGGACUAUUGCAUACUUCGUAUGUCUUCAGGCUGACAAAGCCUCCCAAGAAGAAGGCAGUGGUCACUACAAAUGACGGUUCUGGUCAAGAUGAAACGGAUGUUGAGGCUUCGGCUGAAGACACAGGGCCCGGAGAGAAAGGUUUCAUUGCCCACUUUGAAAAGAAGUUAGGCGAGUUUAGUGGUACGAAACGAAUUGCUCUGCAAACUUGGGCCGAGGAAAAAGGAGUCAAGCUGCCUGAGGGCUUCUUCGAUCAUCCAUCUUCUGUUGACAGUUUGAAGGGUGACUUUUUUGACGCUUCAGCUACGCAUCAAGAUCGUGCCCGACGACAGCUCUACCUUUUCCUUUAUAUGGAGCAAUUGCUCUCCUCGACCGGGCAGACUGUUUUCGAAUUCGUCAGCUAUGCCAAUAGCGUUGCAGAGAAGGGAAAGCUGUCCCGAACUCGACUCAUUAUUCCCGGCGCCAAGCGUUCAUGGAAGUGGGCAAAGACUUUUUUGAAGGUGGAUGAUACCCAUCAAGACGACAAUAUGGGCGACGUUCACACGCAAAACAACAUUCUCGAGCUUGGCGAGGCGUACCGGCACCGCAAGGAUCCAGAACACCUGCCGCCCACAACUUUCUUUGAGAAAGUCGGAGACAAAAUACGAGUCUUUCCGAGGUUCCUCCGGUCCUUCGAGUCUACGUAUGGAUUCCGGGUUGCAUGCGCUACGAUGACCAUUGCCGUCAUCGCUUUUCUGCACGACACGCAAACCUUUUUCACUAGGCAGCGUCUGGUGUGGGCCAUGAUCAUGGUCAAUCUGAGCAUGUCGCCAACCUCAGGACAGAGUAUCUUUAGCUUCGUGCUUCGAAUUGCUGGUACAACGAUCGCAAUGGUGGCCAGUCUUCUAUGCUGGUACAUCCCGGAUCAGAAGACCCCCGGCGUGAUUGUUUUUCUCUUCCUUUUCGUCUCGUCUGCAUUUUACGUGCCCAUUAAGAUGUUCCGCUUCCGCAUCGUCGGGAUUAUCAGCAUCGUCACUACAACUAUGAUCAUCGGAUACGAGCUUCAAGUCCGAAGGGUCGGUGAGAAGAUUGCUACUUCAAACGGGCAGCCGUAUUACCCCAUCUACCUGCUCGCGCCCUAUCGACUUGCUACCGUGAGCGGAGGUAUUGCCGUUGCUUUCAUCUGGACAUUCUUCCCGUAUCCGAUCUCGGAACAUUCGGUGCUUCGCCAGAGCCUGGGCGCAUCGCUAUACCUCCUGGCCAAUUAUUACUCCAUCAUCCACGAAACGCUCUCGGCUCGUAUGCGUGGAGAUGAGGGCGAUCUCACUCUCAAGAGCUCUGCGGGUCGCAAGCUCGAGAAGGCUCGUCACAAGGUUUUCUCCAAGCAGAUGCUGAUGCUCAAUGGCUUGAGGACCUAUUCCGAAUUCCUUCGGUGGGAGGUCCCGAUCGGUGGCCGAUUUCCUAAGAAGCAGUAUGAUUCCAUCAUUGUCUGUGUCGAAAAUAUCGUAAGCUACCUCAGUUUACUCGGCUACGCAUCCGACACAUUAAUGCGCCUCGGCGACGAUGAUGACGAAUCAAGCUCAGCCUGGAUGCAUGAUUUCCGCCGCCUUGUCGGUACCACGAAUGUCACUACCCAUGAAGUCACAUCUUUGCUAUGUCUUCUUUCUGCCAGCAUUACAAACCGCCAGCCCCUCCCGCCAUACCUCAAGACCCCUCGACCCUACAGCUUCUCCAAGAGACUGGAAGCGCUUGACAGUGAAAUUUUGAGCCUCAAGCACAUGUCCGAACCAGGGUUUGCGGCCUUUGCCGUUCUGCAGAUUUCCACGAGAUGCAUUGUUGGCGACGUGGAGAGACUUAUGCGACACGUGAGAGGCUUAGUUGGUGAACUCGACUUUUCUUUCCAUGCUAUCAGCACGACGGAUCCCAGAAUCGCCGAGUCUAGAAUGACAUCGCGCGCACCGUCGAGAGUAGACGUAAAUGAGGUUCAGGUGGCAGAUCGCCGGAAGCAGGACUAA